CCCAGUGCGCCUGCGCCGAGUGUUGUGGCGGCUGUUUGUUCGGCUUCGGGGCCGCGUACUUGUUUUAGGGGAGGGAGCGGCGGCUGCGGUGUGGGCUGAGAAGGGGGGACGGCAUGGCGCAGUACAAGGGCGCGGCGAGCGAGGCCGGCCGGGCCAUGCAGCUGAUGAAGAAACGAGAGAAGCAGCGAGAGCAGCUGCAACAACUCAAGCAGAAGAUCGCUGAGGAGAAUCUGGUCAAGUCCAACAUCGACAAGAAAUUCUCGACGCACUACGAUGCGGUGGAGGCCGAGCUGAAGUCCAGCACCGUGGGGUUGGUGACCCUAAAUGAUAUGAAGGCAAAGCAGGAGGCGCUGGUAAAGGAGCGAGAGAAACAACUGGCAAAGAAGGAGCAGUCGAAGGAACGGCUGCUGAAGCUGGAGAAACAGAAGGAGAGAGAGCGGAAGAAGGAGGAGAAACGGAAGAUCGCCAGCUUGUCCUUCACCUUGGAUGAGGAGGAGGACGGCGAGGAGGAAGAGGGGGAGGACGAGCUUAAAAGUGAAGAUGAGGAGCUUAUCGUAGAAGUUCCAGUGAAGAAAAGGAAACUCGGCAAAAACCCGGAUGUGGACACCAGCUUCCUCCCGGACCGGGACCGUGAGGAGGAAGAGAACCGACUGCGGGAGGAAUUGCGACAGGAGUGGGCCAACAAACAAGAGAAGAUCAAAGGGGAGGAGAUUGAAAUCACUUUCAGCUAUUGGGAUGGCUCAGGACAUCGGCGCACAGUGAAGAUGAAGAAAGGGAACACGAUCCAACAAUUUCUACAGAAGGGCCUGGAGAUCUUGCGGAAAGACUUCAGUGAACUCCGGUCGGCUGGGGUUGAACAGCUCAUGUACAUCAAGGAGGACUUGAUCAUCCCCCAUCACCACACGUUCUAUGACUUCAUCGUGACGAAGGCGAGAGGCAAGAGCGGGCCACUCUUCAGCUUCGACGUCCACGAAGAUGUCCGCCUGCUGAGCGAUGCCACAGUGGAGAAGGACGAGUCCCACGCCGGUAAGGUGGUGCUGCGCAGCUGGUAUGAGAAGAACAAGCACAUCUUCCCCGCAAGUCGCUGGGAGCCGUACGAUCCCGAGAAAAAGUGGGACAAGUACACGAUUCGGUAGAGAUGGCACCUCAGGGAGCCAGCACCAGCUCGGGGGUCUGAACCCCUCACCUGGCUUCACCACCUUUCCCUCAACCCCAGUGUGUCUCCUGCGACGUCGUUCCCACAUCUAACAUUCCCAGUUCCAGGAAUACCAGCUCUCCUCGAGGUUCAGACUCAGCCCCAUCCGUUUUCUCCGACCCUCACUCCACCACCCCUUUCGUUCCUCCACGCCAUCGCUUUGCGUGUUUGUAUGCACAUGGGGGCAUGUCUGCACCCCUGGUGUGUGUGACAGUCAGCCUGUGCAUCUGGGUAGUCACGUGUGUGUGCGUGUGUGUACCUGGGGGUGAGUGUGUGUGUGUGUACGUGGGGGUGAGUGUGUACCUGGGGGUGAGUGUGUGGGUGGGGCUGCUCUCCAUCACUGGGCGGGCUACAGUGUCCAUGCUGGGGCGUGAGCCCCCCACCCCACCCCAACCCGCACA